AGUCGUUGUACGAGUGGUUACGGACAGAGACUACAUGACCAUCACUGGAUCUCAGAUCGGCGCCCUCCGUAAGGCAGGCAUCCGUGUGAGGCACGAGAUGAGCGCAGCUGUUCAUAUGCACCAUAAGUUUGCAUUAGUGGACGGCAGGAAAUUGAUCACUGGCUCCCUCAACUGGACCCUAACCGCAGUCCAGAGCAACAAAGAAAACAUCAUGGUUACGGAGGAGCCGGCGCUUGUGCGGCCCUAUCAGCAGGAGUUUCAGAAGCUGUGGGAGGCCAGUGAUCCAGCCAAUCACAAACCUCAAUGCACCAAUGGGCAGCUAAAUUGAUAGGCUUUACAUUUACUUCUUUUUCUUUAGAGUUUACAUUACACAGUUCUACACAGAGGAGUUUAUUUUAUUUGUUAGAUUACUUUUAGAAGUCGAAAGCUAGUUUUCUUUCUUCUGAUUGUUUGUUAAUGACAAUUUCAGCACCUUUAGGUGUUUUCCAGU